UUACCAGUUGUGCCACGAGACAGGAUCAGCCUCAAACCUUGGUCUGUCCAAGACCCUCUCCCCCGUGCACUUCUGCCGCAACCUGUGCAAGGAAGAUAUGAUCCACAACGGAGCCCUCCCAGCCAUCCACGUGGACCCUGAGACCUACCAGGUCACUGCUGACGGGGUGCCGCUGACGUGUGCGCCAGCUGGCGAGCUGCCACUGGCCCAGAGCUACUUCCUCUUCUAAGGGAGAAGGGGAGCGGGUAGGGGGGGGGAACGGGUAGGGGAGCGUUGGUGUGGUUUAGAGAAGUAGAUAGAGAGUAAGGGAUUGGGAGGGGUAGUAGAGUAGAGGACAGCCUUUUAGUGGAGGUGUGAGAGUACGGGGGAGGUAGAGUGGGAUAGGUGAGGAAAGUUGAGUAAGAAGGAAACAUAUGCGCAGUAGGAUCGUUCGAUUCCUUGAGGCGUUCCUGACCCUCUUCUGAGUGUGCCGUUCUGGACGAAAGGCCCUAGUUUGUGGCUGACUAAGGCAGCCAGGGGAACAAGUUCGUAUAGCAAGCAACAUGGAGCGUCAACAGCAGCAGCAGCAGCAGCAGCAGCAGCAGCAGGGGGCAGCUACUCCUACCCUCCCAUCCGACUGGGCGGUGUGGCAGCUGCUGGACUCGCUGCUCCCAGCUGGCGGUUUUGCCCACUCGCUGGGUCUCGAAGCAGCGGCCAGGGCUGGCUUUCUUGCUGGUGGGGCAGGCAGAGGGGGAGGCAGAAGCAGCGCUGGGGAAGGUGGGGGUGGAGGUAGUAGCAGCGGUGGGGCAGGUGGGGGUGGAGGUAGUAGCAGCGGUGGGGCAGGUGGGGUGGAGGUAGUAGCAGCGGUGGGGCAGGUGGGGGUGGAGGUAGUAGCAGCGGUGGGGCAGGUGGGGGUGGAGGUAGUAGCAGCGGUGGGGCAGGUGGGGGUGGAGGUAGUAGCAGCGGUGGGGCAGGUGGGGGUGGAGGUAGUAGCAGCGGUGGGGCAGGUGGGGGUGGAGGUAGUAGCAGCGGUGGGGCAGGUGGGGGUGGAGGUAGUAGCAGCGGUGGGGCAGGUGGGGGUGGAGGUAGUAGCAGCGGUGGGGCAGGUGGGGGUGGAGGUAGUAGCAGCGGUGGGGCAGGUGGGGGUGGAGGUAGUAGCAGUGGUGGUGGUGGGGCAGGUGGGGGUGGAGGUGGCAGUGAUAUGGUGGCGUCGCUGCAAGGGUUUGUGCUGACGGCUGUGCAUGCCAACGCGGCCCUGCUGCUGCCCUUCGUUGCCACGGCACAUGGCAUUGCUAGUGCUAGCAAGGAUGCCAGGGGGCAGGGGACUGCAGCUGCAGCAGCUGCAGUGUCAAAACCAGCAGAAGUCGCACCAGAAACAACAGUGGCAGGAACAACAGCAGCACGAGUAGCAGCUGGAGCAGCAUUCGGUCGUGAUUGGCCCAGGGAUAGCGCCUCCUUCUCUUUUGACGAGCCGGUUCUCCAACCAAUAGUGGAGCGACACGUGGCACGUGGCGCGUUUGGUGAUGCGCUGGCAGCAGCCGACAGCUGCCUGAACGCCAUGCUGGCGAAUGAUGUGGCACGCAAGGUCUCUCUCUCCCAGGGCUCGGCUCUCCUGCGCGUGGCCAGCACUGUCUUCCCAGAGGCCUCUCCCCUGCUCUCGAUCUAUCGCACGAGGACACGUCAGCACGCCACACAACCCAGUCAACCGAGUCAAAGCACGUCCUCUCCUCGUGCCUACGGGCAUCAUGCGGUGGUGUUCGGUGCGCUGUGCGGGUGUAUGGCCAUCCCCCUGCCCUCCGCCCUGCGUGGCCUCGUCUACUGCGCUCUCAGGGACUGCCUGUCUGCUGCACACGGCUCAACCUGAUUGGCCCGCUGCAAGCUGCGGCGAUCCAGAGGGAGAUGGUGAGAGAUGCGGAGAGGAUAGUGGCGGACGUGGGAGGAGGGGGAGGAAUGGCGGGAGUGGCUGGAGUGGCAGGAGUGGAAGGCGAAGGAGGGCACUUUUGCAUAUCGCAAGAGUUGGAGGGGUCUGGAGUAGGGGCUGUGGAUGCGUGCACUGCCCCCUUGCCCUUGGACGCAGCGUGCCAAGUGAGCCCCAUGGUGGAGAUCAUUCAGGCCGGGCAUGCUGCCCUCACCAGCAGACUCUUCCUCUCGUAAUUACAGCGUUGACCAGCGUUGACCGGUGUUGACCAGUGUUGACCAAGCGUGUCAAGUGAGCUGUAUGGUGCAGAUUAUUCAAGCAGGGCACGCAGCCCGUACUAGCAGACUCUUCCUCUCGUGAGGGGCCGAAUCCAGGCCGUCUCAGGUUGCGAGAUGGAAGAGAGGGAGGCAAAGGAGGAGGGACAAGCUGAUGCGCAGGCUGAGGGGACGGGCGCAGCACAGGGACAGACUAAGGGAGCAACAAAGGGACAGACAGAGAGAUUGACACAAGGUCAGAUGCAGGCCGGUGCAAGUGGAGGGAAGGAAGAGAGUGAGGCGAUGGCGGGGGGACGAGCUGAUGCACAGGCCGAGGGGACGGGCGUGACAGGCGGACAGACGAAGGUAGCAACAGAGGGGCAGAGAGACGGGCAGAGAGUGGGUCAGAGAGGGCAGAGAGGUGGGCAGACACAAGGAGAGAUGCAGGGAGCAGGUAGGGAAGAAGGUGGAAUUCAUCGAUUGGGCAGUGGGCGUGGCAGUGUGCACACAGCGGGGCACGCGGGCGGUAUGGAUUGGACUGGAGUGCUGGUGGUGCAGCUGGUGGGCGGCCGCAGCACAGCAACAAGAAGCUUCUGUCGCUACCCGCUCAAGAUCAUGCUGCCUUCUAAGGUUGCUGCCUCAGGCGUGGACGCAGUGUGGGCGUACAUCAUCACAUACGGGGGCGGCAUAGUGGCGGCGACAGGGUGACUCUAUCCUGUGUGGUGCAGUCAGGCGCCACGGCAGUAUUCGCAUCGCAGGCGUCCACCAAGAUCUUCCACUCCAUGCCGGGCACCCCACCAGCCCGCCAGCUCAUCACCACGUCCAUCCAGCCUGGCGCCUUGCUGGCGGUCCUGCCUGAGCCAAUCACGUGCUUCCGUGCGGCGCAGUAUCAGCAGCUGCAGAGCAUCCACGUGGCACCAGGUGGCAGCCUCGUACUGGUCGACUGGCUGACGAGUGGACGGAGGGACCGAGGGGAGGUUUGGGAGAUGGAGUGUUACGAGAGUUGUAACCGAGUGUACCAGGAGGGAGAGGAGAUUCCUCUAGUCUUCGACAAGGUGAAGCUGUCAGCCAAUGCGGUGGUGCCACCUGGACAGCAGCUUGAAGGGCAUCCAUGUGCUCACGACCAUCAUCAUCCUGGGCCCACGCACAGAGGCUUUACGAGCCCACCUGAAGGCAGCGGUGGCACAAGCAGCAGCUGCAGCGUUCAACCCCAGAAAGAGCCGGAGCUACUCCUCUGCGCCUGCCCCUACUGCCGCCAGUGUCCCUUCUGUUACAUCGGGAGUGCGUGGCCCGUUUGCUCCUAGUGCUACUCCAGAAGCGAGUGCUUCUGCAGUAGCAGGUGGUGCUGUGGAGACUACAGUGUGGGGGUGUUCGUCCGACAUGGGACAUGAUGAUCUUCUUGUUGUGCGUCUAGCUGCUGAAGAUGUUAGUGCCAUGUACCAUUUUCUUGCCACAAACUUAGGGCCACUUAUUCCACAGAUUGGUUGCAACCCUUACACAAACUGAGCCGAUUCGUCCUUGUUUUGUUCGUAGCGAACACUCGAGAAAUUUAUGCACAUUUUCAAGGUCUUGUAAGCAAUGGCUGCUUGGUUAAUGCUGAUGCACGAACUAGGUU